AAAGCGUUUGUAACCGUUAGCGAGAACGGACCUGUUUCGUUACAAGAGAAGUUUUUUUUUUUAUUAAAAAAAGACAAUGCCCAGGUAGAAAUAACGUCAUAAAACGUCUUCACAAUGACGAUAAUUGUAUUUCUAAUUGACACGUCGGCUUCGAUGCUUCAAAGGACAUACGUUGGCGGUCGUACUACGCUACUGGACGUUGCUAAAUCAGCGGUUGAAACGUUUGUUAAAAUGAGACAGAGAAGUCCCGAAAGUAGGAUUGAUCGUUAUAUGUUACUUACUUUUGAGGAUCCACCUAAUAAUAUUAAAGCUGGUUGGAAAGAAAAUUUAGCAACUUUUAUGAAUGAAUUAAAGAAUUUACAAUGUUAUUCAAUGACAACAAUGGGUGUUGCAGUGAAACAAGCCUUUGAUAUUUUAAAUAUAAAUCGAAUGACUUCCGGAAUAGAUACAUACGGUCAAGGAAGAUGCCCUUUUUUCUUAGAAACUUCCGUUAUCGUUUUAAUAACGGAUGGUGGAAAGUUAUCAAAUAUUAAUGGGGUUCACGAAGAGUUUAAUUUACCAAUGAACAAUACUCUACCGGGAUACGAAUUAACGAGAGAGCCGUUUCGAUGGGACCAAAGACUGUUUUCAUUAGUCUUAAGAUUAUCAGGAACUCCUGCUAUAGAAAGAGACACCGGUUUAGUUCCAAGCGAUAGUAGCCCAAUAGAUGCAAUGUGUGAAGUAACAGGGGGUAGAUCUUAUUGCAUAACAUCUCAUAGAAUGUUAAAUCAAUGCAUAGAUAGCUUGGUACAAAAAGUACAGAAUGGUGUUGUAAUAAACUUUGAAAAAAUAGGUCCAGAUCCUCCAUUAACGGUUAACGAAAAAGGUGAUGAAAUCAAGGACGAAUUCGUCAAAGACGAUUUCGCACAAGAAUUACCAAACGUAAACGAACGCGCUAUACAAAACACAUCAUGGUAUACAUGUAGAAAAAUGAUUUAUGUUCCAAGAAGCACACAAAAAGGAUAUCCAGUGGGUUUUUGGCCGCUUCCGGAAUCUUUUUGGCCUGACUCGACCGGUUCGAUGUUACCACCUCGUACAGCACAUCCUAAUGUUAAAUUUACAUGCACUAGUUCAGAUCCCAUGGUUAUUGAAAAUUUACCUUUUGAUAAAUACGAAUUGGAACCAUCACCUUUAACACAAUUUAUAUUAGCAAGGAAACAACCUACAAUUUGUUGGCAGGUUUUUGUUGCAAACAGUUAUAAAAACUCGGACGUUGGUCAUCCAUUUGGAUAUUUAAAAGCAAGCACGAACUUAAACUGUGUUAAUCUCUUUGUGAUGCCUUAUAAUUAUCCUGUUCUACUGCCCUUACUAGAUGAAUUAUUUAAGGUCCACAGAUGUAAACCAACAAACGAUUGGAGGAAUCAAUUUCAAAACUAUUUAAGAACUUUGCCUGUGUAUUAUGCCACACCAUUACGAAGAGCUUUAACUAGAAUGGGAGCUCCGGUUGCUUUAGCUUCAUCAUUAGUACCAGAAAAUGCCGAUAACUGCCUUAGUUAUUCCGUAAUGAACUACUUAAAGAAGAUGAAAAAUCAAGCAAAAAAUGAAUACGAUAGAUUGUGUAAUGAAAUUAUACAAAGACAAAGCUCUAUGCCAUCAAAGGCGAUUUUUAAUACGCCAGAACAGUUUCGAAUCCUUCCAAAAGUAACACUAAAAAAAGAUCUUAUCAGUCACCCGCUUUUAGUUGAUAAAUUCUCGAAUUUAAAAGAACAGCUCAUGGAACAAGGCAAUUUAUUUGUUGGGGCUCUAGAUAAAGAGCGUCACACCGUUAGUUUUCGGAACGCUUUUGAUAUUCCUCGAAAUCGUUUGAUGCAACAGGUUGCAAGAAUGCGAAACAAUUUCCUUCAAUCCGACUACGUAGCUUUAGACCAGGAUAGUGCCCAUUCACUUCCGAUUUCGCAAAUGGGCAAUUAUCAAGAGUAUCUUAAAAAGCAAACUCCUCAAUUACGCGAAAUUGAAUCAGCCCCAGUUAGGCAGCAUAUGUUUGGGAAUCCAUUUAAAAUUGAUAAACGAAUGAUGGUUGAUGAAGCUGAUAUAGAUUUAGUGGGUGCUCCCGGUACAAAUAAAUCAAAUAAACGACCUAACACUGAUCUAACCGCAAAUAAUCGACCAAGUAAAAGAAAACCAGGUCCUUUACCAAGAGAUUUAGUGGUGAGACGUCCGAGUGCAACUGAUAGUUUAACACCACCUCAAAGCCCUUUGAUUCCUUUUGCGCCUUCUCCAGUGCCUUGGUUAAAUGCAAUUGAUAAAGAAAUAAUUAACAUAGAAGAAAAACCAAACCUAUCAACAGUAGUGGCUGUUAAUGGGCUCGAUUCAAACGUGAUCUUAGAAAGACCUCGGUCACCUUCCCCGACGUUAGACGUACCAUUUUACAAUUCUUCUGAGCCGUUUACACCCAUAAGACCAUCGUUAAAUCAACAUACUUAUUCCUCGGUGGAAAAUAAUCACCAAAACGAUAACACAUAUUCAAUGAAUUACGAUUCGGAUAUCUCACAAAUACUUAAAGAGGCCAAUAAUAUUAAUAAUUCCGUUAUAAAAGAAAGAACAGAAGAAGUAAAACCACAAAAUAUAUCUUUUGAUACAAAGCAAGAAAUCGAUGAGCAAAAUCUUCAAAUAAGAAAAACAUUAAAUAUGUUGGUGAGAAGACCCGGGCGAAAUUUUAAAGAACUUUUCGAAAAUAUAAAAACGUUAAAAGGUGACACUCAAGUACAAGUGGCGAUUGUAAAAUUAGUGAUACAAGAAUCGUUAAGGUUUAAAAGGAGACAUUUGGCGAAUUUAUUAGAAGAGCACAUCCAGAACUCUGCGAGACACCUCGGGGUCCACCACCAUCACCACCACCUCCACAAUCCCAACUCGACGUAACCAUCGCGUACGUAAAUAACACACGAUUUGAAUUCAAUCAAAUUAAUUCAAACAAAAAUAAUGAUGAGGAAUAAAAACGAAAUUUUUUUUUAUCAAAAAACAUUUUUAUCUUUUUAGUGUCGUAAUUAAUUAAUUAAUCAAUGUUAAGUGUAAAUGACUUUAUAAUUGCAAUAAAUUUAUUUAAA